AUGCCAUCCCCAGGCGAGCCCAUCGCCGUAAUCGGCUCAGCCUGCCGUUUCCCUGGCGGCGCCUCAUCCCCCUCCAAACUCUGGUCUCUUCUCAAAUCUCCCAAAGACUGCCUUCGCGAAUUCCCCAAAGACCGUCUCAACCUUGAAGCCUUCUACAACAAAGAUGGCGAGCAUCACGGCGCCACAGACGUCUGCAACAAAGGCUACCUUCUCGAAGAAGACAGUCGCUUGUUCGACGCCUCGUUCUUCAAUGUUAACCCCGCUGAGGCUGAUGGUAUGGAUCCGCAGCAGAGAUUGACGCUUGAGACGGUUUAUGAAUCGCUUGAGGCUGCGGGGUAUACUAUCGAGGAGAUGCAAGGAUCGUUGACGUCGGUUUAUUUGGGGGUUAUGACGGGUGAUUACCAUGAUAUUCAAUCGAGAGAUCCUGAGAUCAUCAAUCGAUAUCACCCAACGGGGACUUCAAAGAGUAUUCUCUCAAAUCGAGUGUCGUACUACUUUGAUCUUCGCGGACCCUCAGUUACAAUGGACACAGCCUGUUCGUCAUCACUCGCAGCACUACACUUUGCAGCACAAUCUCUUCGAAGCGGCGAAUCAACCACUGCUAUAGCCGUCGGAGUGAAUCUCAUCUUUGAUGCAGCAGGUUACGUUGCUGAGUCAAAGCUUCAUAUGCUGAGUCCUACGUCACGCAGUCGAAUGUGGGAUGCUGGAGCCGAUGGUUACGCUCGUGGCGAAGGUGUCGCAUCUGUCAUUCUCAAGCCUCUUUCGGAAGCGAUUCGAUGCGGCGAUCACAUUGAGUGUAUCGUGCGUGAGACGGGUAUGAACAGUGAUGGUCGUACAACCGGUAUCACUAUGCCGUCUGCGGCGGCCCAGUCAGCCUUGAUCCGUCGAACGUAUCAGAAUGCUGGUUUAGAUCCUAUCAAAGAUCGACCUCAGUAUUUUGAAGCCCACGGCACGGGUACACUCGCUGGCGAUCCGGUUGAGGCCCGCGCUAUCCGCCAGUCAUUCUUUGCGGACGAUGAAACAUCGUCUGAGGAUGUGGAGAAGCUUUACUGCGGCUCCAUCAAGACUGUGAUCGGGCACACCGAAGGAUGCGCUGGCCUAGCAGGUCUGCUCAAGGCAUCUUUGGCGGUGCAGAAUGCCAUCAUUCCGCCCAAUUUACUCUUCAACACUCUGAAUCCUUCAAUCAAGCCCUUCUACGAUCGACUCCAAGUUCCGACUACAGCUAUACCUUGGCCAAAGGUCUCUGACGGCCCACGACGGGUCAGUCUAAACAGCUUUGGCUUCGGAGGCACCAAUGUCCACGCCAUUGUUGAGAACUACCAGCCCGAUGAGCCCCGCACAGAAAUGGCGUCUCAGAAAUUUGUUGGUCCCCUAGUCAUCUCUGCCGAGACUGAGUCUUCGCUCGCGACAACGGUCGGGAAGUACGCCGAUUUCAUGCGGUCAAAUCCAGAUGUCAACCUCGAAGACGUAGCCUUCGUAACUCAGACCCGCCGAAGUGUCUUCAGUCGACGAGCCUUCUUCUCCGGCGAGAAUCGGGACAAGCUUCUCGAGUUCCUCGAUUCCGCUGUUCAGACCUCCAAGACUGGUGCUGAGAUUGGCAUCCAAGCGCCAGGUUCAUCUUCUGAACAACCGGCUAUUCUGGGCAUCUUCACCGGUCAAGGAGCGCAGUGGGCGUCCAUGGGUAAAACCAUGAUUGAGACGUCUUUCCAGUUUAGGGAGUCCAUACAGAAGUGUGAAGAUGCUUUGCAUGAUGUCCCUGACGCGCCGACAUGGAGUCUUAUGGAAGAGUUGAUGGCGUCUGAAGAGAACUCCCGCAUCGGCGAAGCUGCCAUCUCUCAGCCCCUUUGCACAGCAACGCAAAUCGCCAUUGUGGAUGUCCUGGCAUCUGCGGGCGUUCACUUUGAUGCUGUCGUCGGUCACUCAUCAGGCGAGAUCUCUGCUGUUUACGCUGCUGGUCUACUCUCAGCCACUGAUGCCAUGCGCAUUGCCUACUACCGAGGUCUCUACGCCAAGCACGCCUCUGGACCUUCUGGCAAUAAAGGCUCCAUGAUGGCUGUAGGUAUGGGCUCUGAGAAUGCGACAGCCUUCUGCGACCAGGAGCAGUUCAAAGGACGGAUCAGUCUUGCUGCAAGCAACUCUCCUUCCAGCGCUACUAUUUCUGGCGACGAAGAUGCCAUCUUAGCAGCGAAGGAGAUCCUCGAGGAGCAGAAGACUUUUGCUCGUCUUCUUAAGGUUGAUACAGCAUAUCACUCGCAUCAUAUGCGAGCUUGUGCAGAGCCAUAUCUUGAGUCGCUCAAGGCAUGCAAUAUUACUGUCAACACUCCUUCCAGCAACUGUAUCUGGGUUUCAUCAGUCUACGGAAACGCAGAUAUGCUUGAUGAUGAGGAUGACCUUUCGGCUUUGGCCGGGCAGUACUGGAUCGACAAUAUGGUUCGACCUGUUCUGUUCUCUGAGGCACUGGAGUGUUCGCUUUGGAGGGCUGGUCCCUUCCACCUCUCGCUCGAGAUUGGACCUCACCCGGCUUUGAAAGGACCUGCUUCACAGACUAUGAAGACUGCUCUGGGUCAUGUUCUCCCAUAUGCCACUUUCUUGAGACGUGGUUAUGAUGAUGUCGAAGCAUUCUCCGGUGGAAUCGGCUACGUCUGGGCCUAUCUAGGAUCCCAUGUUGACUUUGCUGGGUACCACAAAGCUAUCCAUGGUCCUGAAGCAGAGAAGCCAAAGAUGAUCAAGGGACUUCCCUCUUACACGUGGAACCACAACAAGAUCCAUUGGAAAGAGUCCCGCAUCUCCCGUCGUUACCGUCUCGCUGACAAAGCUCCACACGAACUUCUCGGUCGACGCACUCCAGAUGACUCAGAGUUUGAGAUCCGUUGGCGCAACAUCCUACGUCUCAACGAACUUCCCUGGAUUCGCGGUCAUGCUUUUCAGGGUAUGGCUCUCUUCCCGACAUCUGGAUACAUGGCUAUGGCUAUCCAAGCCGCCAUGGAGAUAGCCGGCUCACGACCUGUCAAGCUGGUAGAGAUCCGCGACCUUGUUAUUCCUCGGGCUUUGACUAUUGAGGAGAAUAACCCUGGCAUUGAGUCUAUCUUCUCGGUCAAGAAGAUUGGUGGCCAUAUUGACGAGGAAACCUUUUAUGGAGAGUUCUCUUGCCAUACCUGCCCUGCCGAAGCUGAAGGAACUUUGGAGAGGAACUGUACUGGUCUGAUCACUAUUGACUUUGGUGAGCCUUCGGACUAUGAUCUUCCGCCACGAGCACCUGGGAAGUCGGGUAUCACACCUGUGGACACCCAGGAGUACUAUGACUCGCUGCUCAAUAUUGGCCUCAACUAUCAAGGUCUUUUCCGAGGUCUAAAGUCUGUUCAGCGAACCAUGGGAUAUGCUACGACAAAGGCAACAUGGGACAAGUCUGAAGUGGGCAGCCAGUAUGUCAUGCACCCAGGACCUCUAGACGUCGCUUUCCACUCCAUCAUUGCAGCCAUGUGUACUCCUCUUAGCGGAGCUCUUUGGGCACCCUACCUCCCUGUCGGCAUUGAUAGGCUGGCUAUUGCCCCGAGCACCAAUUACGAGGGCGUACCAGGUGAGAUCAACUUUGACGUAGAUACUUUCAUUACUGAGGCAACGUCCAACACGUUCAGAGGAGAUGUACACAUCAUCAGCCUCGAUGGUAAGACUGGUUUGCAGGCUGAAGGUCUUACCUUGAAGCUCUUCACCGAGGCAAGCUCCUCUGAUGACCGGCACAUGUUCUCCAAGACAAUCUGGCGUGCUGAUAUCUUGGACUCUUCCGAGAAUCUUGACGAGAUCAAUCCUGAUGAGCAAGAACUUGCACUCGCUGAAGCCAUCGACCGCACGUCUUUCUAUUUCAUCAGGAAGACCUUUGAUCAUCUGUCAGAAGCAGAUGUACAGGACUGGAAGUGGUUCCAUCAAGCCUUCUACAAAGCUGCAAAGGAGGUCCUCCAGGAGACGAGAGAUGGCAAGCACCCAACUGCGCAGAAGGAGUGGUUCGAUGAUACCGAAGAGCUGAUCCAGGGAUACAAGGACAAGUAUCCUGAACAAGCUGACCUCAAGCUCAUUCAUGCAGUGGCCGAAAACCUCGUUGGAGUCAUGACAUCCGACACUCAACUCCUGGAGGUCAUGCUUGUCGAUAACAUGCUGAGCAACCUCUAUACCGAUGGCCGAGCCAUGCAGCCUCUCAACAGGAUAAUCGCAGAACUCUUCCAGAACCUGUCUCACCGAUACCCCCGUCUGAACAUCCUUGAGAUUGGAGCUGGUACUGGCGGAACAACAAACUCAGUCCUCAACGCCAUUGGAGACACGUAUGGUCGAUAUACGUACACCGACAUUUCAGCUGGAUUCUUCGAAGCUGCCAAAACACGCUUCCAUGCACACAGCAAGCGUCUCGACUACAAAGUCCUGGAUAUUGAGAAUGACCCCACAGGCCAAGGAAUUCCAGAAGGAAGUCAAGACGUCGUUCUAGCCGCCAACGUCCUCCACGCCACUCGCAACCUCAACGAGACCAUGACCAACGUUCGCAAACUUCUCAAGCCUGGCGGCUAUCUCAUUAUGGUUGAAGUCACGGGCUACUAUCUCCAAAUGAUGUUUCUCAUGGGUGGUUUGCCUGGUUGGUGGCUUGGUGUCGAUGAGGGGAGAACUCGUGGUCCAGGUAUCGGGCUGACGGAAUGGGAUGAGAUUCUCCGAGAUUCGGGCUUUACGGGAGCGGAUAAGUAUGUUACUGACUUACCUGAUUCUCUCAAGCAUGUGUGCUCUGUUCUCGUAUCACAAGCCGCUGAUGAGAGGGUCACAAUGCUCCAGGAACCGCUAUCGUUCCUCGAUGAGAUUCCACUAGAACAGCGACUUCUCAUCAUUGGUGGCAAGACUCUACCCAUCUCCCGAAUCGUCAAGAGCAUCCAGCGACUUGCAUCCCGAGUCGCAGACCAAGUCACGGUCGUCGACAGUAUCGACUCCCUAUCAGAUAAGCAUCUCAGCAGUGAAACAUCAGUCAUCUGUCUCACCGAACUCGAAAAGCCCAUCUUCUCUACCCCCAUGACCUCUUCGCGUCUCAGCAGCCUGCAGUCUCUGUUAUCCCACUCAUCACACGUCCUCUGGCUCACAGCAGGUCGUCUCGAUGAGAACCCAUACGCCAACAUGACAAUCGGUCUUGGCCGCGCUAUCAUCAACGAACUCCCCCAAUUGAACCUUCAGUUCCUCGACCUUCCCAAAGCCUCGAGUGUUGAUGCGAAGAUGGUGGUUGAGGCGUUUUUGAAGCUCAAGCUUGGAAAGUCAGCUGAGUUUACUAAGAUGCCGAUCUUGUGGAGUACCGAGCCUGAGGUGCUAUUGAGGGAUGGUUUUGUGACUAUUCCAAGAGUUGUGCCUGAUAAGGAGAGGAAUAAUCGGUUGAACUCUCAGAGGAGGAAGAUUACGAAAGUUGUUUAUCUUGGAGAGACAGAGGCUAUCCUGACAAAUACUGAGGGCGGUCCCUGUCUUGAGGAGAAGGCUCCUUGGGCCAAGUCCCUGACUGGUGAUGGCAUCGCCAAUAUCCAAGUGGAGCAGUCACUUUCACUUCCCUUCUGUGAAGACGAUGCAAGGAUCCUUUGCUUUGGCAAGAGUGAUGGUCAAGUCACUAUGGCCAUCGCCCCACGCCACAGCUCAACAAUUUCGCUCCCGGCAACCGACGUAUUUCUCAUCCCUGAGGCGCAGGCUACACAAAUGCAGACUGAUCUCUGGGGCAUAGCUGUCAACUUGACUGCAUCUCUCCUUCUCUCGUCAAUCUCAUCAGCAGCACUUAACACUGAAGAGGAAGGUGUUCUUAUUUACGGUGCAAGCACUGACAUACAGAGUGCACUGACUGCCCAAGCGUCUCGCAAGCUUACCUUUGCCAGCUCCGUGACAGGAUCUGACUCGAUUUUCAUCCACCCCAGGGCAUCCAUCAGAACCAUUCAGAAUAUCCUCCCUCGGGGAAUCAGUCAUUUCGUCGAUCUCUCCAAGACCGACGACAAGGUCAAGCAGCAUCUAUCUCACUUGUAUGAGGCCAUCAGCUUCAAGCCCAGUCAUACAUUGGCCUCCAACACUGCCCAUCUACUCGAGACUGCUUUUACGUUCAGCCGUCAAUCACACCUCUCGUCAACUUCAACAACUGUACCCGUCCAAGACAUCACCUCACUCCCAACCCUCGAACUCACACGCACCAUCAUCGACUGGACCAAGCCCCAGCCCGUCAGCGUCACCAUCCGCCCAAUCAGUGGGCAAGGCCUCUUCUCCAUCGACAAGACCUACCUCAUGGUCGGUCUCGUCUCCGACUUUGGUCGCUCCCUCUGUCGCUGGAUGGUCGAGAACGGCGCGAAGUACAUUGUCCUUACCAGCCGCAGAGCACAGGUCGACCAACUCUGGCUGCAAGAGAUGGAGGACUUGGGCGCUGUUGUCAGAGUUUACCCCAUGGAUGUAUCCAAGCGUGACUCUGUGCAGGCUGUAUGUGAUUCCAUCAAGGAUCUCCCGCCUGUUGGUGGCGUCUGCAACGGUGCGCUUGUUCUCAAGGAUCAGCUGUUUGUCAAGAUGGGGCCUGAGGCAUUAAGUGACGUGUUUGCGCCCAAGGUUGAUGGAACAAUCCAUCUUAGCGACAUUUUCUCCGAGCCCACUCUCGACUUCUUUGUUCUGUUCUCGUCUAUGAGUUCUGUCGUCGGCAAUGCUGGCCAGUCCAAUUACAACGCCGCCUCUCUGUUCCAAGCAGCCAUUGCACAACAGAGACGCGAAAGAGGUCUCGCUGCAUCAGUCAUGGCUCUGGGCAUGGUCGCUGAUGUUGGAUACAUCGCUGCAAAGGGUCCAACACUCAUGGAGCGGCUCAAGAAGGCUUUUUACAUGCCAAUCUCGGAGUCGGACGCUCACCAGAUCUUCGCUGAAGCUGUCGCUGCGAGCAAACCGGGAGUGAUGGAUGACGACACGAUCGAGAUGGUGUCAGGCAUCCAGCCUUUCAACUACACGGCGUCCACCAAGGCUCGACCUCCUUGGGUGAACAACCCUCGCUUUUCGCACUUUGUUCGUGAGGAAGAGGGCUCCAAGGAUAUUGAUGCGUCCCGAGCAGGCCAGAGUAACAUUCGUAUCUUGGAACGACUGGAAGCCGCUGGUUCUGAAGAAGAGGCUGCUGCUGCUCUUCUUAUUGCCUUCCGAGCUAAGGUCGAGACAAUGCUACAGAUGACUUCGGAAAGUCUCAACGUCGAGGCGUCGCUGCUAGAUGUCGGUAUCGACUCCCUCUUGGCUGUUGAGAUUCGGUCAUGGUUCUUGAAGGAAGUUCACGUCGACGUCCCUGUCCUCAAGACCCUCAGUGGGGACAACGCGAGGGAUAUCUGCGCUGACGCAGCGAAUAAGUAUCUCUCAGCCAAGAUGCAAGAGGGCAAAUCUGAGACUGGCGAUGCGUCCAAGUCAGACUCGGCUGCCAACGGGUCAGCAACCGGGACAUCUAGUGACGGCAGUUCAAGCCCCGUCAGAUCAGGUCACGCAACACCACCAAGUACAGUUGGAGAAACGGAGCACCAAGAAGAGGCCAAGCAGGAGAAGGAGUUGGAGAGGGUUGAGAAGUUGUCGUAUGCUCAAUCGAGGUUAUGGUUUCUAAGUCAGUUUUCCAAAGAUGAUACCUCCUACAACUGCGUCUAUAUUUACAAAGUCACGGGAAACAUCCAGAUUGCACGACUGAAGAGGGCCGUAUGCACUGUUGUAAAUCACCACGACUCGUUGAGAACAUGCUUCUUUACCCGACCGGGAAGUGGUGAGCCUGUUCAAGGACUCCUUGCUUCAGCGAGAGACUGUUUCAAACAUGUCAAAGAUGAAGAUGGUCACGCUUUGGAGCAUGAAACUAAGACUUGGCGAAACCAUGUUUGGCAACUGUCUGACGGAGAUGUUCUCAGGGUUAUACUUGUCAGUCAUGGACCUGAAGAGCACUCUCUCAUCAUCGCGUAUCAUCACAUUGCCAUGGAUGGCGUGAGCAUGCAUCUCUUACUGCGAGAUCUCAACGCCGUAUACAUGGGACACAAGCUCGAUUUGUUACCGAAGCAGUACAUGGACAUCUCAGUCGAGGAGCGAAGAGCGAUUGAGAGUGGCCAGAUGGACGACAGGAUCUCUUACUGGGCCAAGUUGCACUCACCACCUGCAGACACUCUUCCACUAUUCCCAUUCGCUCGCGCCAAGUCACGGCCCAUUCCGAAGACUUAUCGUAACGUUGAGUCUCUCAUCGACAUUGGCGAUGAACUUUCGGAGCAGAUCAAGCGGGCAAGCCAGUCUCUACGCAUCACGCCUUUCUACUUCUACCUGGCUGCUCUACAGACUCUCUUCAACCGACUUCUCAGCAUCGAAGAUAUCUGCAUCGGUGUCACCGACGCGAACCGCGGUGAAAGUAGCUUAAAGACCAUCGGCUUCUUCCUGAACUUGCUACCCCUCCGCUUCAACGUUCAGAGGGAUACGAGAUUCUCAGACCUUGUCAAGAAGACAGCCCAGCACUAUCGAACAGCACAAGCCAACAUGGGAGUUCCUUUUGAUGUCAUUCUCGACAAGGCGAACGUCCCUCGAGAGUCAACCAGUACACCGCUCUUCCAAGUCGCCAUGAACUAUCGGCAAGGAAACUUCUCCAAGAUCCCACUUGGUGGAAGCGCCCUGGAGUUCAAGGAAGGCUAUGAUGCGCAGAGUCCCUACGAUCUUGCUUUUAGCGUUACACCAAAUGACAAUACGACGUAUGUACAAGUUGUUGCAAGAGAAGACUUGUAUACAAGGCAGGGGACAGAUAAUCUUUUAUCUACAUAUCUGGCGUUGCUGCGCGAUGCAUCAAGAGAUGCAAGCAAGGCUUUGGAGACCAUCAACCUUUAUGACCAAGCCGAUAUCGACAAGGCACUAGUGCUCGGGUACGGGGAGAUGGUGAACUACAAAUGGCCCUCAACUCUAAUGGAGAAGGUGGAUGAGGUCAUUCAGAGGAACUCUCAAGUUGUCGCUGUCAAAGAUGUCGAUGGUCAGCUGACCUACAAAGAACUUGCCGUCAGAAUCAAUAGCCUUGCCUCAGGUAUUCAGUCUCAGCUCCAGCCGGGUUCAACAGUGGCUGUUCUCUGCGAGCCGACCGCAUGUUGGGUCAUUUCCAUGUUGGCGAUCAUUCGAUCGGGUUGCAUCUACGUUCCAUUGGAUACGAAAUUACCUGAUGAGCGCCUCAAGGUCAUUCUCGAUGUUGUUGGACCGGGUCUGAUACUCUGUGAAGACUCCACUGAGGAGCGCGCUCAUGGCAUCUCUGUUGGGACGCCCAUCCUUUCCGUGACAGAGAUACCUGACCCGACCAAGACCAUUGCGGCACCAAACCUAGAGCGCAUCAAUGACACGACCUUCAUCCUUUUCACAAGUGGGUCGACAGGCACACCGAAAGGUAUUCGACUCUCUUCAAGAGGAAUCAUCAACUAUAUCGCCACCAAAAGCUCGAGGCUCUCUCUCGGCCAAGAGACUGUGCUUCAGCAGAGUGCUCUUGGCUUCGACAUGUCCCUUGCUGAAGCCUUCAUAGCCCUUGCACUAGGCGGUACUCUUGUGGUAGCUCCCAGUACAAGUCGAGGUGACCCUCUCGCUCUGGGUAAGCUCAUGACUGACGAGGGAGUCACUUUCACGUUGGGAACCCCGACCGAGUAUCUCAUGCUCACUCGACAUGGAGGUCAAGCCGUGAAGGCAUUGCACUCUUGGCGAAACGCGACUUCUGGUGGUGAAGCCGUCACUGCCCAGCUGAAGGCGGCUUUCAAGACGUUGCAACACCCUCCAACUCUCACCGAUUGCUACGGGCCAACAGAGAUCUCAUGCUGCGCCACCAUGAAGACAAUUGAACUCGAUGACUUUGGAGACGACAGCGCUUACUCGAUUGUUGGUCCAGUAAACCCUAACACUUCCAUCUACAUCCUCGAUGAAAGUGGACACAUCGUUCCCCAGGGACUCCCUGGUGAGAUCUGCGUUGGUGGCAUUGGCGUUGCGCUCAGUUAUCUCGACGAGAAGUCAACUUCACAUAAGUUUGUUCCAAACCUGUUUGCAACAUCUGAGCAUACUGAAAAGGGGUGGACUACGAUGUAUCGUACUGGAGACAAGGGUCUCAUCCGUGCUGAUGGCGGUCUCCAGUUCAUGGGCCGUAUGGACGGUGAUACAACUGUCAAGCUUCGUGGGCUGCGCGUCGAUCUUGAUGAUGUCGCCAACGUCAUGCUGCAGCAGUUCGAGGGUUCUCUCGCGGAUGUUGUUGUCACUGUUCGUGGUGAUCCAGCUUUCCUCGUGGCGCAUGUUGUGCUGACUGCCGGGGCUUCUAUGGACGCCUCCGGAUUGCAGGAGUUGGCCAAUACCUUACCACUUCCUCAGUACAUGAGACCUGCAUUGAUCAUUGAGUUGGAGAAGCUGCCGUUGAAUAGCAGUGGAAAGGUUGAUCGCCGUGCUAUUGCAGCCCUCCCUCUCCCUGCAUUACCUACACCCUCUGGCCCUUCUAAAGCAGCGUCAGACAGGAAGCCAACGCUUGUUGAAGGAGAAUUGAGACUCAUUUGGCACAAUGUACUAUCUCAGGCGGGUCUUUUCAACAAUGCGAGGCUUGAGCCAGACACGGAUUUCUUCCACGUUGGAGGCAAUUCACUGCUUCUUGUCAGACUACGGAGUGCAAUUGAGAUCUCAAUGGGCAUCACACUGCCUCUCAGCGACAUGUACCGGGCCAGUACAUUGGCUGGCAUGGCGGGUCUGGUUGCACAGCAGAAGAGCUCUGACUAUUUGCCUGAGACCAUUGACUGGGAGGCCGAGACAGCUUUACCUAGGUCCAUCGACUUGAGUUAUUCUCACGACGUAACUCCAGUCAAGACAGCAUCUGAGCUUGAGAUUCUCAUGACUGGUUCAACAUCAUUCAUGGGGAAACAGAUCCUCCAGUAUCUCUUAAGCCGACCGUCAGUCGCACGCAUCCACUGCAUCGCUGUUGACCCAGACUCUGAGGCCAGUCACCUCAAGGGCGAUCGCGUCACAGUUUAUUCUGGUAGCCUGAGUGAGCCCAUGCUGGGACUCAAGAGAGAAACGUGGCAGCACCUUCAAGCAAUUGUCGACAGUAUAAUCCUCGCAGGAUCGCAAGGCCAUUGUCUCAACAAUUAUUCAACCCUUCGUGCACCCAACGUGGAGUCGACGCGACAGCUGGGUCUCUUCGCCCUUAGUCGCCAAAUUCCUAUCCAUUACAUCUCAUCGAACCGUGUUACGCUGCUUGACUCCAGCGCCGAGGCUGCCCUUCCGCCAGUCAGCGUUAAAGACCAUUCACCGCCUACAGAUGGAUCAGAGGGGUUCACAGCAGCGAAAUGGGCAGGCGAAGUGUUCCUAGAAAAACUAUCCGAAGCAGCAGCAGCCAAUACAGAGAAGGAUCUGCCUGUCUCAAUUCACCGGCAUUGUGCAAUUGUGGGUGACGAGGCUCCUAUUGAGGAUGCACUCAACGCUCUGCUUCGAUACUCCAAGCUUAUAAAGGCUGUACCGCGUGUAUCGAGCUUGAAUGUCGCGGGCUUCUUUGACUUCCUCCCUGUCACAGACGUCGCCAACUCUUUUGCCGAGUAUGUCAUAUCCUCGCAACAGAGUCACUCGGGCGUGACGUUCAAGCAUUACUCAAGUGGUGUCAAGGUACCGCCUACAGAUUUCGCAUCAUACAUGCAAAAGACGUAUGAAGACGAGUUUCGGGAACUGGAUUUGGACGAUUGGAUUGAGCAAGCGAGGAAGGAAGGAAUUGAAGAGCUGAUUGUAUUGUAUUUGCAGGCUGUCGUGGAGAAGAACCAAAGGAUAACAUUUCCGUUCAUGGGGAACAGUGACUAG